UAAUUCAUAGAGUCUUACCUCACCUUGGAUCUUCUCCUUCAAACCAUUAAAGAAGAUUCCCAUGACAAAAUCUUGAUCAAUUGUCCCCAAAGCCCCAACGUAUUUUUCAAACCCUUCAACAAACUGCUUCAUAGUUCCAGUUUGUUUGAAAGAAAGCAGCAAUUAAAAUGGAUUUUGAACCAUUGAAGGCUGGAAUUUGCGAAUAACAGCUAGCUUGAACCCUUCCCAAUUUGAAUUCAUGUUGCAUCUCUCCCACCACUGGUACCAACUCAAGGCUUUACCUUCUAAAGCCAUUACUGUCGCCUGCAUCUUCUCGUCUUCUGUCACUUCCUUCAACAAGAAUUACGUCUCCCUUCAAUUUUCCACCUCUGUGCGUCCUCCACUUGUGUAUUCUCCUCGAAAUUGGGCCUUCUCUCACGAAAUUGGCCAUAAUUGGCCACAAUUUCAGCAAUCUGGUCCUCAUGCUUUUUGGCGAGUGCUUAUUUCCUCGCGUUCCUGUUCCCAAUCUUUUGCGGUACGUGCCAUUCUUCUUGUCUUCAUACGCAACUUGCAAAUCUCGUGGUUUUUUAGGGUACUAGAUCGGUGCUCUGAUACCAGUGAUAACAUCAGGUGCUGGCAAGAGAGGCCUACAAUUGAAAUAGCUGGAAAGGUUGGGGCGAUUCUAAUCACUUUUUAUGAGAUUAAGGUAGUGACCCUUAGCAGGAACGGGCAUAGCACAACACUUGACUGCACCGCACAACGACUUGAACUUGUGAAUGUUACAAAUAGUAUCGAUUAGUCCACCGCGGUAUAGAGCUAACAAAUAGAGGGCGAAUGAGGACGAUAUUGCUGCGAAGCAAAGCAUGAGCAUAAUGGUGGGAUAGAAGUCAGGCUUAUUGGACGAAGAAGAAAGAGGGAGAGAAAAAUGUUGGUGGAGCAAGACAUGGAUUGCUCAGAUGAGGUACAAGUGCAUGUAGAAAUGAAACACGAUUUGGGGACAGAGGAUUUUAAUCCAAGUUGUGGUGGUUGAGUAAGUUUCAAAAUGACAUAAGAUUAUGCGGUUGCAUGAUGAUGCGUGGAUGAAGCAGAUAGGAUAGUGAUGGUGAAUUUGUAUAAUUCAUAUUGAUUUAAGAACAAAUUUAUCAUUUAGUUUUGCACCGGUGUCCUACAUUUUUUAAAAAGUAUCUUUCACCUUGUACAGAACAUUUAUUUUAUAGAUAUAUAUGACAAAUUUUGUGGCAC